AUGAUACACCAAAAUGAGUUGGAGUAUAAUAUCGAAAAUGUGACAUUAUCAAUGUUUCAACAACAAGAAAAGAAAGAUUCAAAUGAUGAAAGAAAAGAACAUGAUAACAAGGCGAUAGUAAAUAGCUUUAAAGAUAAUCAAAGCAAUUUUAAAGUCUUCAGAUGGCAAUUUGUUGAGGCUGAAGCUGGUGAAGAAGCAAUGAUAGCUUGGAGAAAGGACCUUGUUUCAGCCUCCCCGUAUCUUAGUACUUGGGGAAUAAGGAAAAUAGAUUUCUUCUUUCAAAAAUGGAGUGAGAAAGGAAUGGCAAAAGGAAAUGUUCUUCUUCUAUUAUUCGAAUAA